CCGCCACCGGGAGACAAAAGACAAGCCUGCCAGAAGGUUACGUUCAGUAUGUUGGAAAUUUACAACGAGCAGAUAAGAGACUUGCUGUCUAGAACCAAGAAACCUGGGGGACUAAAAGUGAGGGAAGAUCAACAGCUGGGCUUUUAUGUGGAUGGCCUGAAGUCGGUGCCCUGUGAGAACUAUGCACAGAUUGAAAGACUGAUGGAACAAGGGACCAAAGUAAGGACCACAGCAUCGACCAACAUGAAUGCCAGCAGCAGCCGGUCUCACAUGGUUGUCACCAUUCAGUUCAAGCAGGUUUUCCUAGACAGACACCUCACCAAGCAGUCCAGUAUUAAUUUGGUGGAUUUAGCAGGAAGUGAAAGGCAGAAAUCUUCAGGAUCUGAAGGAGACAGACUGAGGGAAGGAUCACGAGUUAACUUAAGCUUAACCAAUUUAGGAAAUGUUAUCAGUGCCUUGGCUGACGCCGCCAUGGGGAAGAGAGUUUUGCACGUUCCCUACAGAGACUCCGUCCUGACCAAACUUCUCCAGCCAGCUCUGGGCGGAAACAGUAGAACCACUUUGAUCGCAGCCAUAAGCCCGGCUGACCUCUGCUACGAAGAAACUUUGUCCACACUAAGAUACGCGGAAAGGGCUAAAAAGAUCCAGAAUAAAGCUGUGGUCAACACCUCGAUGCUGAUGAGAGAGUCAAAGGCAGAGAACAGCAAAGCACUGCUUGCACACGGAAAUUCCAGGACGGCAGAGUGGCCGCCCUGUCUGCUGGCCGAACAGGGUCCCAGGCCGCAGACAGGCCAGCCGACCUGGGCACGCCAGCUGCAGCAGGCUCGGGAAGAGUGGCAGCAGCGGUACCUGGCCAUCGCCCAGGAGCGGGAGAUGACCGAGACCUUCCCUCACCUCCUCAACGUCAACGAGGACCCGCAGCUCACGGGCGUUCUCAAGUUCUUCAUUCAGACUGGCUCAUGUGACGCUGGUCGCGCUCCAUCGAAUGCCAUCCUUCUUCAGGGCUUGGGAAUUUCAGAUAAACACGCUUCCUUCACCAAUCUGGAUGGGACAGUGAUGGUCACACCACACGGCGAAUGCAAAGUUGUUGUUAAUGGGGUGCCCAUCGUGGCCAAGACCAAGCUGCAGCACCUGGACCGCCUUAUCUUGGGAUCCAACAGCGCCUACCUCUACAUUGGGUUUCCUGCAGAGCGAGGCAGUGAAGACUUGAGCAGGUUUGACUAUGACUUCUUCCAGCUGGAGAGAGCGGCUGCAGAGGGAGUGAGCGUGGACAAGCUUGGGGCCGCGGGCCGCGGGGACGGGAACGCAGACCCCAGCGUGCUGGCUGUGUUCCAGGACUAUGUCAAACUGAUGCCGCUGGUGGCGGAAGCGAAUCAAAUGGGCGAAGAGCUGGACAAGGGACUCAGAAUGGAGCUGAAGGUGAAGAAUUUAGCGUCUUCAGACUCCAGGGGCUACGACCUACAGAAAGAGGUCAUGGUGAAGGUGACGCACCAAAGGACUCAUGAGGUGUGGAUCUGGUCGAAAGCCAAGUUUAUCAAUAGGAAAUUCCUAAUGGAGGAGCUUUACCAGCGCUUCCUGGAGGGGGAAGCCAGCCACGUGGCUCGGGAAGAUGACCCUUUCUGGGACCCCGUCGAGGCCGUGCACCUGGGCUCGGCUCACGUGUGGCUCCAGCCCCUCGCCUACUGCAUGAGGCUCGAGGAGCAGGUGGACUUCCUCAGCUGCGACGGGACGGAGGAGGCCGUGCUGCACGUCCACGUGACGCCCUGCUCCCCGGGGGGACAAGCAUGUGGUGACGAGGAUGUGGUUAUGGACCCUUUGGAGCUGCUGGGCAAGAGGAUGGAUUUCCAGAUUGGCCUCGUGCGGUGUCUCGGCAUCAAGUGGCUCAAGGAGCGCGCCGAGCGAGGCGUCCAGAUGGGGUACAGAAUUUAUGAUCUUUCAAGCACUUUCUAUACCAAGCCUGUAUGGAAAACUGUGAAUCCUCAAAUAGAAGAAACUGUCCAAUUUACAGCCUUAAAUGCAUCUCAGGAGUUUCUGAACUAUUUACAAACAAACGCUCUCGUUGUCGAGUUAUGGGGUCUGCAAGAAGGCUGUGCCCAACUGAGCUCCUCUCAGCCAGAUGUCAUGGUCACAAGUGAAGGCCACAUCAUGGUGGACACCAAGAAAAUUUCCACAGUGAUGGAUACAAGCCAGACCACCUCAAAUCAGAUAUCAGAACUUUAUAUGAAGUUGCUCAAGUUAGAACAGGAGACGGAACUGCUCAGAAACGUUAACAGAGCCUUGAGAGAGGAAAAUGUGCUGCUCAAACACUCACUCGAGAAAGUUGCUUCUGCCAAACCAGCACUUAAGCCAUCAGAUACCCUGAAGGUCCCUCCAACGCCAGCACAGCUGCCCGCAGCCAGGGACAGUCCUCACGUGUCUGCCCAGCGAGCCGGCUCGGACAGGGAGCUGGCCAUGGCCCUGAAGGUCUUCUACCAAAGCAUGAACGCGGCGAGAGGACAGUUUCUCAGACUGAGACAUUAUAAACCUCCCGAUGACGAUGGAUUGCUCCGACCGUUUGUGCACCAACAGUCGCAAAGGCUAAAGGACUUCGGGGAGCUGCUGGAAUCCAGCUUGUGGAGACUGAAAAGCGAUGUUGCUCGCAUAGUGAGAGAGAAGAGAGCGGGCUUGCUGCACCCCGGCUAGCGUGGGCCGCUGACCCAGAGCACCUGCGCUGCGCCUGCCGCUCGCUGGGGCGGCCUGGGAGCUUGAUGAACUUGGCCCUCUGCUGAGCUGGGCACUCAACAUACCCAACCCAUUUCUCAGACAGUUUCUGGCCUUCAGUUUGAUUCCAAAUCCUGUAAAAACGAACCCCGGGUGAAGGUGAGCUGGGAACGGGCCUGUCUCCAGCUGAAUCCUGUUCAAUCAGUCACUUCCCCACUGCAGCUGGAGGCAAGUGCCUUCCCCUCGAUAAGCCUCUCAUUCCCUAAUAUAGACGAAGGACAACAGUAGUGACUGGGGGUGGUUAACGAGCAUGACAAAUACAGGGGCGCCUGGGGGGCUCCUUGGUCAGGCGUCUGCA